CAAGAAUUUUAGCUGCAGACACACAGACAAGUCUGGACUGCAGUCCUGGAGCGAGCUACAGUGCUGCACAAAUCUUGGUUUAUAUAAAGCUGUAAAGUUUUUGGAAAAGGUUACCUGGAUGCUACUGGGCACGUGAGCCAGCCAGCCAGUGUCCUGCUCACCUGUGAGUGAAGCUGGUCUUUGGGACAGGAUUAUGCUUCAGGAGAGCUGAGUUUUGCACCUUUUCACAGAGAAAAGAUGUGGCACUGGACUUUGGUGGCCGUGGUGUUGCUGUCCCUCCCAAACAGAUCCACAGCUCAGGGCACGUGUAAUAAUGUCGGUGCAGCGGAUAUCGUGUUUCUGGUGGACGGGUCAUCCAGUAUCGGCCGUACCAACUUCGCUCUUGUGAAGAGUUUCAUGGCAGGGAUCAUCAGACCCUACGCCAACGCAGUGGGAGCUACCGGCGUCCGGGUCGGAGCUGUGCAGUACAGCGACACAGCAAGGGUGGAGUUUACCUUCACGACGUAUCUCAGCGGUACGGAGCUGCUGAGUGCCAUAGAGAACCUCAACUACAAAGGAGGAAACACUCGCACCGGAGCCGGGCUGAAGUACAUAGCAGAUAACUUCUUCAACCCCAGAACCAGCAGAGAUGUGCCCAAGCUUGCUAUUCUCAUCACAGAUGGGAAAUCUCAGGACAAUGUUCAGAAUCCUGCUGAGAAACUGCGCAGCUUAGGAGUCAAGAUAUUUGCUGUCGGAAUAAAGAGUGCAGAUCAGAGAGAACUGGAGCUCAUCUCAUCACCUCCUCAAAGUGAAUUCACCUCCUUUAUUGAAAAGUUUAAGGAUCUCAGCUCUCUUCUGCCCACGCUGUCUCCACGUGUCUGCUCGGUGUCCGGUGGCUCCUAUUUGAGCGACGCUGCCUUCAGCAGCCCGGCUGACUUGAGGUUUACAGACGAGACGUCUAAUUCGAUUCGGUUCCGGUGGACGGCUGCAGGAGGCCCUGUAACGAGCUACCUGGUCCAGUACACUCCGCUGUCUGGUCUGGGUCAGCCAGUAACAGCAGAGAUGCGACAGGAGACGGUGCCAGCCAGUCAGCAGACUUACCUGGCCCAGGAUCUGCACUCAGGCACGGACUAUUUGGUGUCUGUUAUCGCCCAGUACCCCAACAGCGUGGGCGAGUCUGUGUCUGCCAAGGCUCGAACUAGGUCUGUGCAGGGCGUGGCCACGCUGCGGUUGGUACAGGCAGGGUUCUUUACUUUAGCUCUGGCAUGGGACCCUCCUUCUGGAUCUUUACGUGGCUACAGGAUUACAUAUGUGCCCAGAGGCGAGCCUGCGUCCUCGCUGCGGGAGCAGACGCUUGGGGCGGAGGCCAGUUCUGUCACGUUGGACAGUCUACAGGCGGACACCGAAUACAUGAUCAACCUGUAUCCUCUCUUCCCUCGGGAUAAUGUUGCACCUACUACACUCACGGCCAGCACAUUGCGUUUACAAGGAGUUCAACAGCUCUCUGUUGUCACAACCUCAAACAACAGUGUUGAAAUGCGUUGGCAAGGAGUGCCUGGCGCCAGAGGGUACAGGCUGGUCUGGGGCCCGUUCGUAGGACGUGAUGUAGAGACUGUAGAGGUGAGCGGUGACAGUGAAGCUCACACACUGGUGAACCUGCAACCAGACACGGAGUACAUCGUCACUGUUAUUGCUCUGUAUAAUGGAGAAACGGAAGGACCAGCAGCAAAUGCACGCUUUAAGAUAGAGCGAGUAGAGCAGCAGGUUUUGAGGGCUGUUACAACAGGACCCUCCAGCAUCCUGCUGACCUGGAACUUCAUCGCAGCAGCUAAGGGCUAUCGACUGGAGUGGAGGAAAGAAGGAGCGAGCAGCAGGGUUCACACGCAGACCUUCCCUCAGGGUACCACAAGAUACGAGAUAAAAGGUCUUCAGCCGAGUACGGAUUAUGUCAUAACUCUGUACACGCAGUACGAUGGACGGGAGGAGCCCACACCAGCGCUGCCUUUGGUUGGUCGAGUCUCCAACCUGCGAGUGGUGGAGAUCUUUGGACGCACCGUACAGCUGGCGUGGACCGGGGUUGCCAGGGCAACGCAAUACAACAUCAUUGUCCAGAACACCAAGUCUGGGUCAGAGGUAAAACGCAGUGUUGUUUAUGGAAAUCAGACGACGUUUGACCUCCAUGACCUUACAGGAGGCGUUUCUUACUCUGUGAGUGUGAAUGCCUUGGUGGGCUACAGUGAGGGACCUCCUGCAACCAUCUACAUCACACCAGACUUUACAACAACACAAAUCCCGAGCAAGGUGACGAACCUGCGUCUCGUAAACAUCAACAGUCGACGAAUUCGGAUCGCAUGGAACGUGGUCACCGAGGCUACGGGGUACAGAGUCACCUGGAGACAAGGCAACAAUCCGGAGCAGUUCCGUGAGCUUGGCGCAGACAUUACUUCCUACACUAUAGAACGAUUACAGCCUGAUGAAUCUGUCAUUGUGGGCGUGGCUGCUGUGAUUGGCAGUCAGGUCGGGGACGUGGUCACUCUCUCCACCAGGACAAAUGGCUACAUUGGGACAGUCACAGGUUUACAGCUUACUGACGUUGGUUCCACACAGAUUCGCAUAUCUUGGAAUCCUGUAUCCAGAGCAACGGGAUACAAAAUCACCUGGCAGCAUAGUGACGGAACGGGAGACUCUCAGAUCAUAUCUUCUGGCGUCAGGUCCUACACCAUCAGCAGGUUACAGCAAAGCGCCUCCUACAGAAUAUCUGUCUCUGCUCUGAUUGGCUCUCGUGAGGGACCAGCUGCCACUCAGAUCGCCAGGACGGAGGAGGGUGUGGUCGGACCUGUUACUAACUUACACCAAGAGCCUCGAGGGGAGGUGGUACGGAUCAGCUGGGUCGGAGUUCAGGGGGCAACAGCGUACAGGGUGAUAUGGAGGAGAUCGGAUGGUGGACAGGAGCGGACUCAGCUGGUUGGUGGCAAUGUCACUUCAGUGGAUCUGAGACAACUGGAAGGAGGAGUUCAGUAUGACGUUCAGGUCGUGGCUCUGGUCCAGAACAGGGAAGGACCUCCAGUUUCUGUCAAGGUCACCACAGGACCGUAUGAGGACCGACCACAGGAAGUGCGUGUUGAACAGUUAGCUCCAGGAUCACUGCGUGUUGUUUGGAGAGCAGUAAGAGGAGCUGAUGGAUACAGAAUCUACUGGAGCUCCUCACAAGGUGAAACCGAAUCGAGUCGUCUGAUCGAUCGAGACGCGACCUCGUACACGUUAGAAGGUCUCCGUCCUGGAUCGAGUUACAUCAUCCGACUGGCUGCCGUGUUGAAUGGCAGAGAAGGUCACCCUGUUACCAUCACACAGUCCACUGGUCCACAGCAGUCUGUGACGGACCUCAGGGUGCUAGACAUUACCCAGAAUUCUGUACUGCUGGCGUGGAACCCGUUAUCAGGUGCCACCGGAUACAGAUUGAGCUGGCAGGAUGAAAGAGAUCCAGGUAGCAUCCAGUCGCUCACUCUCCCUGAUACGACGAGCUCGUUCCGUGUGACGAGUCUGAGACUGGGUCAUCGGUACCGUUUCAUCGUUCAGCCUGUGUUCUAUGAUUACCCUGGCCUCGAGGCUGUCAUGGAAGAGCACACAGUGUGUGUGGGUGGGCGUUUGGAUGUGGUGUUCCUGGUCCCCGCCACUCGUGAUCACUCUGCUUUAAAGGAGUCCAUUUUGUCACUACUUGCAAGUGCUGCCAGAUCUCUCCCCUCCAUUGGAGCCCGGGAGUCACAGGUGGCGGUGGUGGUCUACGGUGAUGAACCCAGAGUGCGCUUUCUCCUCAGUCAUCAUAGCAGCAGCGAAACACUGCUGAGGGAAAUUCUCACCACCCCAUUUACUGAUAGACCAGGAAAUAAUAUAGGUCAAGCCUUGACGUUUACACGACAGUUUCUGUUGAGCACAAGUGCUGGUCGAAGGCCUGGCGUUCCGGGCGUGGUCGUUAUCAUCACUGAUGGGACAUCUGAAGAUGAUAUCCGGCGUCCUGCGACUGCACUUCGGGAUUCUGGUGUGGCGGUGCUGGCUGUUGGAGUCGGGCGUGCGAACUCGGAGGAGCUGCUGUUGGCGGUUACAGACAGCAGCCCUCAGAAUCUGCUGCAGGCUCGGGAUGAAGAUGAUCUCUACAGACUCCAAUCUGAACUCGCAGAUCGUCUCUGUGGCAUCGCAAGAGGAACUGCUGUACCAGGUCCUGGACCUUCAGAGUGUACUGUUCACUGCCCACAGGGUCCAAAAGGGGAGCCAGGACAGAAGGGUGAGAGAGGAAGUGAUGGAAUUCCUGCGAGGAAAGGAGAACCUGGUCGUGAUGGCGCACCUGGUCGCGAGGGCCCCAGAGGACCCGAGGGACCUGCUGGUCCUCCAGGACCAUCAUCAAGAGGAGAAAAAGGAGAAAGUGGAGUUCCAGGGUUGCAGGGGAAUCCAGGCGUUCCUGGUCGUUCAGGAAACCCCGGUGUUGCAGGACCUCCUGGCUUACAGGGAUUACCUGGAGUCAGAGGAGACCCUGGAGAAUCUGGUGGUGUCGGUUUGCCGGGAUCAAAGGGACAGAAAGGUGAUCGGGGUGAACCUGGGUCUGUUACCGGAGGCUUUACGGGGCGCAAAGGAGAGCCGGGUCUACCUGGGAUACCUGGCACUCCAGGGCGAGCAGGCAUAGACGGGGAAAAGGGAGAGCCAGGAGUUCCUGGGCUGCCAGGACAAAAUGGCCACCCUGGAGUAGCGGGUACACCUGGGCUCUCGAUAAAGGGUGAGAAAGGAAAUCGUGGGGAACCAGGCAUUCCUGGAGUGGGCAGUGGGGCAGCAGUUAAAGGAGAAAAAGGUGAUCCGGGAGAGGGCAGAAAGGGCAGUCCAGGACCUCCAGGGAUUCAAGGAGAGCCGGGUGACCGGGGUCCGAGAGGUCCUCCUGGUGAAAUAGGAAGCAAGGGAGACCGUGGGCAGACUGGAGCACCCGGACCACAGGGUGACAAGGGUGACAGAGGACCAGUGGGUCCAGCAGGGUAUAAGGGUGAUCUGGGUAGAACGGGACUUCCAGGACCCCAAGGGCCCAGGGGUUUGCCAGGUGAAAAUGGACUUCCAGGGGAAAAGGGAGCUACAGGAGCGAAAGGAGAACCGGGUGGUGGCCCGGGUUUCCUCGGAAAGAAAGGAGAGCAGGGUCCGAGAGGAGCUCCAGGUCCUGAGGGUCCUGCAGGCGAAAAGGGAGAUCCAGGACAGAAAGGAGAAAGGGGUUUUCCUGGGGUAGGAGCACCUGGUCAGCUUGGACCUAAGGGGGAGCAGGGUGAUCGGGGUCCUGCUGGACUUACUGGAAGAGCUGGCGCAAAGGGAAACCAGGGUGAACCAGGAGAGAGAGGAGAGGCGGGAAAUCCUGGGCCUGCAGGUCCACCCGGACACAGAGGGAAAGAUGGCCUGAAAGGUGACAAAGGAGAAGAUGGGAUUCCGGGGGAAACCGGCUUGCCUGGUAAACCAGGAGAACGGGGACUGAGGGGUGUUCCAGGACAAACAGGUCAACCAGGAGAAAAGGGAGACUUCGGUGAUCCUGGAGAGCAAGGACGAAAUGGUUCUCCAGGGCCUGUGGGACCACGAGGACAAAAGGGAGAUCAGGGGAACCCAGGUCCCCCAGGGCCCCCUGGAGAUGCGGGAGAAGGACACGCUCUUCUCAAGGGAGACAGAGGAGAAAAGGGAGAACCCGGUGACCCCGGGGAACACGGUAGUAAAGGUCAACAAGGACAACCAGGAAUACCAGGCACUCCAGGAUUACGGGGUGCUGAGGGUCAGCGUGGACCAGUAGGAGCCAGAGGAGAUCCAGGAGAGAGAGGAAGUCCAGGAGAGAAGGGAGAAAGAGGAGCUGCUGGAACAGACGGACGUCCUGGUCAGGAUGGGAAACCUGGGCCGCCUGGACCCCUCGGGUUAAGGGGUGAUCCUGGGAAAACAGGGGAACCUGGCAGAGAUGGUUUAGUAGGACUCCGAGGACCUCAGGGGCCUCCAGGGCCUGUAGGACCUCCAGGAGCUGCAGGCACACCUGGUAAACCAGGAGAGGAUGGAAAACCUGGAUCUCCAGGAAAAGUGGGUGAAGAUGGUGUUCCUGGUGAGGAUGGCAGGAAGGGCGAAAAAGGAGAAUCAGGACCCCAAGGAAGAAAUGGUCAGGAUGGGCUGAAGGGGGAUCGGGGCAUUGCAGGACCCACUGGCCCCAUGGGUCCUUCUGGACCACCAGGGGCCCCCGGGAACAUUGGACCUCCAGGACCGGUGAUAUAUCUUAAAGGGGCUGACCAAGCACCUAUCCCAGGACCCCAAGGGCCACCAGGAGCUCCUGGAAUACCUGGGGUUCCAGGAGUUGCAGGAACUAGGGGUGAGAGAGGACCACAAGGAGCAAAAGGAGAUCUGGGAGAUCCAGGAGAAGACGGCUCACCUGGUAAACCAGGGACUUCAGUGGAUGUGAAGAGAGCACUUUCAGAUUUUGGCAUCGAGAUCAGGGAUCUACAGAUGAUGAAGGAAAUCGUAGAACGAACAGAUGAAGGACCAAAAGGGGAUAAAGGAGAUUCAGGACCACAAGGCCCUCCUGGUGCAGAUGGUCCUCGAGGGUUUCCAGGAGAGCGAGGACAAAAAGGUGAUCAUGGUGAGAAGGGGUCUUCUGGUCCUCCAGGCCCUACAGGCAGAGCUAUUGGAGAAAGAGGCCCAGAGGGUCCUCCUGGACAGGCAGGUGAGCCUGGCAAACCUGGCAUACCUGGAGUACCAGGACGAGCUGGAGAAAUCGGAGAAUCUGGCAAGCCUGGAGAUAAGGGAGAGAGAGGAGAGAAGGGAGAGAGAGGAGAGAUGGGUAGACCUGGGCUAAACGGUAUAACAGGACCUCCUGGACCGAAGGGCGAUUCCAUAGUUCAGUCUGUUCCUGGUCCACGGGGUCUGCCAGGACCUCAAGGUAUUAAAGGAGAGGAUGGUGCUCAAGGAGUUCCUGGACCUAAAGGCGAGCGGGGGGUAACAGGUUUCCGUGGAGAGAAGGGUGAUAGAGGAGAAGUAGGGGAGAAGGGCAGAGACGGCCUCCCUGGUUUAGCUGGAGAACCUGGAACACCUGGACAGGAUGGAAAGCCGGGCUUGCCUGGGUUCCCAGGAGUAUUGGGCAGACCGGGAAACCCUGGAGAACCAGGAAUUCGAGGGCCAUCUGGACCAGUGGGCCCCAGUGGACCUCCAGGACCACCAGGUGUGAAGGGUGACCAUGGACAGCCUGGAGUUGGAGUUCAAGGCCCUCCAGGACCACAAGGCAUCCGAGGAUUGCCCGGACUUACAGGCACACCAGGAGCUAUUGGUCCACAAGGACCUCCAGGGCUGCCAGGACAAACGGGAGAAGCAGGAAAGCCUGGGGUUCCUGGUAGAGAUGGCAUACCUGGAAAGGAAGGAAUACCAGGCUUACCAGGAAAACAGGGUAUUUCUGGACUGGUGGGACCUCCAGGACCAAAAGGCGAGCAAGGGGACAGUGGGCCACCUGGAAAAUCAGUAGCUGGACCGCCUGGAGUGAGGGGUGAGCGGGGUCCUCCUGGUGAAACACCGCAUGGAGUAGCAGGAGAGAGAGGCUUACCUGGAUUGCAGGGUAUUAAAGGAGAUAAAGGACCAGCUGGAAUCAAAGGCGACAAAGGUUCACAUGGCGAUCCAGGGGAACCUGGUGAAAAUGGACAAAGAGGAGCACCAGGGCCUAAAGGAGACAAAGGUGAAGCAGGUGUUGGAAUAAUUGGACCUCCAGGCCAAUCUGGACCUGCAGGAUUAAAGGGUGAUCCUGGUCUCCCAGGCCCUCCAGGCCCACCUGGACCUCAGGGUCUAUCAGGAAGACCAGGACUCGCUGGCCAAAGAGGGGAAAUAGGCCAGCCGGGAAAUCCAGGACCUCCAGGAGACAGGGGUCUGCAAGGCUUCAUUGGUAAAGCAGGAAACCCAGGGACGCCUGGUAAUCCUGGACCACCUGGAACUCCGGGUAGUGCAGGUUCACCCGGGCUUAAAGGCGAUAAAGGUGAAGUUGCUGUAGGACUACCAGGACCGAGAGGAGAGAGAGGAGAUCCUGGGCCUCGGGGAGAAGAAGGACGGCCUGGAAUGGAUGGAGACAGAGGUCCUCCGGGAUUUCCAGGUGGCAAAGGAAUCAGAGGAGAGAAGGGUGAAGCAGGACCUCAAGGAGAGAGAGGAGAGAAGGGUGAAACUGUGUUGGUGGGGGGGCCUCUGGGGGAGAAAGGCAACAAGGGCGAAACGGGAGAAAGAGGUGCUAAAGGAUUACAAGGUGAAAAGGGUGUUAAAGGUCAAGAAGGACCACCAGGGGCACAGGGUCUGCGUGGAGAGCCUGGCGAGAGGGGGUCACCUGGGUUUCAGGGUGCUCGUGGUCCAGGAGGACAGAAGGGAGAAGCAGGACUACCAGGAGUUCCAGGAGAACCUGGUAUACCUGGGAAAGAUGGCCUCCCUGGUAUGAGAGGAGAGAAAGGCGAGAUUGGAGUCAUGGGUAUCCGAGGACCGAAGGGAGAUCGUGGAGCCAAAGGAGCCUGCGGACCAGAGGGACAAAAAGGAGAGAGAGGGGAUGCUGGAAUGAACGGCAGAUCAGGUUUACCUGGAAGAAAAGGAGAGCCGGGUGAUGUGGGAUCUCCAGGAACUACAGGAGCCCCGGGGAAGGAGGGGAUCAUCGGCCCCAAAGGUGACCGAGGUUUUGAUGGUCUUAUGGGACCAAAGGGAGAACAAGGAGAAAAAGGUGAACGGGGCCCUCCUGGCAUCCCUGGCCCACCAGGUCCCCGAGGUGUCGAUGGGCCCACAGGCCUAACGGGUCCUCAGGGUCCUGCUGGAGUUAAAGGUCCUGAAGGACUGCAGGGACAGAAGGGCGAACGAGGUCCUCCAGGCCCAGUUUCGGUCGGCCCUCGUGGUGUUCCAGGAAUCCCAGGAGAGAGAGGAGAACAGGGAGAAAUCGGUCUUGAUGGAGAGAAAGGAGAUAAAGGAGAGCCGGGCAUGACGGAGGACGAGAUUCGAGCUUAUGUUCGAUCUGAGAUGAGCCAGCACUGUGCCUGUGGAGGUAAGUGA